CUCCAACCAGUACGCGGACUAGUUUACCAGGGGGCGCGCGUUCGUCGCGUUCUCAAUUUGAAUUUCCCGCUAUUUAUUAUUAUUUUUUUUUAUCGGCCAGUGUUGUGUUUUUUUAUAUUGCUGGAUACUUUUUUUUAUCAUGGUUGUUCCAGAUACCGAAAUGCCAGUCAAAGAGGGAGGGAAGAAAUCGCUCGUCGGCGUGAUAGACGACGGGACGAAGACAGUCAGAUUUGUGAUAUACGAAGCGGAAUGUUCAAACGAACUCGUGUCAUAUCAGCUGGACAAAACAGAGGUGCAGCCUCAAGAAGGAUGGUCCGAACAGGACCCAUUGGAGAUCAUGCACAACAUCAGAAUAUGCGCGGAAAAUGCUAUAGAUCAGCUGACUGAAUUAGGUUAUUCCAGAGAAGAUAUCGUCACAUUAGGCAUAACUAACCAGAGGGAGACAACAAUAGCAUGGGACAUGUGUACUGGACAACCCUUACAUCCAGCUAUAGCAUGGAAUGAUAUCCGAACAGACAGCACAGUCGACGCUAUUCUAGCCAAAGUGCCAGAUCGUAACAAGAAUUACUUUAAAAACAUAUGCGGUUUGCCAAUAUCGCCAUACUUUAGCGCGUUGAAAAUGCGCUGGUUGAAGGACAAUGUUAAAGCGGUGAGGAAGGCGAGCAGAGAUAAACGGCUUUUAUUCGGCACCGUUGACUCUUGGAUUAUUUGGAACUUAACCGGAGGUCCUCACGGUGGCAUCCACAUAACAGAUGUAACCAACGCGUCCAGGACUCUGCUCAUGAACUUGGAGACUUUGAACUGGGACCCUAUGCUUUGCAGGUUAUUCGGCGUACAUCGAAACACUUUGCCGCAGAUCCGUAGCAGCUCUGAAGUUUACGGUAGAGUUGAAGAUUGUUCAGUUUUGGACGGCAUCAGAAUAUCUGGGAUACUAGGCAACCAGCAAUCGGCGUUGGUAGGCCAGAACUGCAUGAGCGCAGGACAAGCCAAGAACACGUACAGGAGCGGAUGUUUCCUCCUCUACAAUACAGGCACGCGUAAGGUGCAGUCCACACACGGGUUGAUAACCACGGUCGCGUACAAGCUGGGACCCGACGCGCCCGCUGUGUACGCGCUUGAAGGCUCGAUUGCCGUCGCCGGUGGUGCCAUGAAGUUCCUGCGGGAUAACUUGCAUCUUAUCAAGGAUGUGGUUGAAGAUACGGAGCAUAUUGCUGGACAAGUGUUCUCAACGGGGGACGUGUAUUUUGUUCCAGCUUUUAGUGGACUAUAUGCGCCUUAUUGGAGGAAGGAUGCUAGAGGAAUAAUUUGCGGUCUCACAGCUUUCACGACCAAGAACCACAUCAUACGAGCAGCUUUGGAGGCAGUCUGUUUCCAAACCAGGGACAUAUUGGAAGCAAUGAACAAAGACUGCGGCAUGCCAUUGGCCAAACUACACGUCGACGGUCGGAUGACGUCCAACGAUUUGCUGAUGCAGUUGCAAGCGGACCUCACCGGUAUACCUGUGUUGCGAGCCCAGUCGUGGGAUAUGUCUGCGCUAGGAGUGGGGAUAGUGGCGGGCAACUCCGUCGGCGUGUGGAGCUGUGACAAGUGGAAACAUCACUCUGCAUCCACUGACACAUUCUUACCUACCACUACUGAUGACGAUCGUGACGCGAGGUACACGAAAUGGAAAAUGGCGGUGCAACGGUCACUCGGAUGGGCGACGACCAAAAAGUCGAUCACAAUGACAGAGGAGCGAUACAAGCUUUUGGCAUCGAUACCCGCUGCUUUGUACAUCUUUGGCAGCUUUACCAUGCUAGUCGUAUCAUCUAUACUCAAGAACAAUAGAUGAUCAGUUAAAUAAAUUAAAGUACAAAUUGGGCUGGGCUUUACUAUUUGGACUAUGGCGUUUUAAGAAUAUUUGUCUAUAUUCAAUAGUUAUGUCAAUGUGUAAUCGACUUAAAAUGUAUUAACAUUGGGUCAUUUAUGCUUUUUCUGUAUGUUUGUAAUAUUCGUAUUUGGGAAAGCGUUUAAUUUCUCAGUUAUAUAUUUUAGCAAAUUUGAGGAUUACUGUAGAGGCUAUUUACCUAAAUAAAAGUAAUCUAGCCGUGAUUAUUAGUACCACCGAAAUAUGUAUUUUUACAUAAAGUUCUUUUGCAUUCGACAUAACUCAAAAAUCGUAAAUGUUACUAGAACAAAAUAUUUCGAUUUUACGGUUACCAUCUGCUGAAUUUGUUACCUUUAGUAGAUUCUAGAGUUGAAUCCGUAACAACAUUUUAUAAGACAUCAAAUAAGGCAAAGUAUUGGAGCAAUCAAAUAGAUAGUUUUAUAUUAUUAUCUUAUUGAUUGCCAAUAUUUUAGGUUUUACUAAAUUACUUUGCCGCAUAUAUUUUUAUGUGCCAUAAUUAUCUUUGACCUCAUGUUAGAUGUAGGAGUAUUUAAUUUUCCAUUGUUACUCGAACGCACAAUAUUUGUACGUGUAAUCAACCAAAUUGUAAAUACUGGGUUUUUUAAGAAUAUUGUUUUCGAUCUCGGAGACAAAUACUGGUAAUCAAGGCAGUAAGUCAAAGGCGGCCAAUUUAUUACUGAUUUGGAAUGGUAUAAACGAACAUUCUUCCUAAGGUUUCAUCUCUCUCUAGUAGGUCCCUCAUAUCUGAGGAUCGUUGUCAGCAUCAGGCUUGCAUCUGGAACGAUGAUCUGCCUCCACCGGUUUCAUACAUCUACGUAAAUUAUAAAUGCAUUUUCUUGUUUGAUAAACAGUAGUAAAAACGAUAAGAUAAUCUAGUUAAUCAUGUAAUAAAGCAGAAUCGCCUUUUCAGACUUACUGCUUUCUCGAUUUCUACAGCAGAAUAAACUCUUGAAUAUUUUAAUAAAAUAUACCUGAUGAGGCUUUAACUAUAAGCUUAACAUCAAUAGCAUGAAGAAAAAUUAAAUUUAAUUACUAAAUAAUAAAAAAAUGUUUUAACCUUUGUCUCCAAGAUUGAGAAACAUCGUUCAAAUUGAAUCUUUACGUAUUAGUUUUAUGGAAAUGGGCUAUCAUGAUAUUUAUUAUUUGUAGCAUUUAAGUAAUUGGUGUGAUAUAAUUUAUAUGCGUAUAUGUAGAAUAGUUGUCUAUGUCUGGGAUUACAAUCAAACUACUAAAUAAUAAUAGCGUAAGAAAUUGUUGCUCAGAACAAAACUAUGAAAACCUCAUUUCUUCGUUAAAUCUGAUUUAUAAAUAUCUUUAUUGUUUGUUAAAUUUGUUUUAUGAAUACCAAAAUCUCAAUUUCAAACUGUAGUUCCUUUAUGUAUUUACUCAUAUAGCGCAUUUAUUUUUGUGUUAUAUAGAUUGUACAAGUGUACACAAAGGAUAUAAACAGUUCAAACUGCAUUUCAUGUAUCGAUUGCUAUUAAGAGCCUUUUUUUUACCAAAGCAGUAAAAAAUAAAUAAAAUAUGUAUAUACCUUGCUAAUGGAUAAAAUUGAAUUGUUUGUUAAAUGUAACUUUCCGGCAACUGAAACGAUUUGGUAGUAUCAAACAUACUUCAAUUUAAUACUUAUAUGCCUUCUAAUAUAGUUAAAAGGCUAACACCACUGCUUAGAGAAGAGGGACAAGUGUGUAAGUUUUGUGACAAUUUGACCCCCAUGUACCUACUUCAAGUACCUCCCUGUCCUAAAUGUACAGACGGUGUUCCAAUGAGUAUUUAGUGUACAAUAUAUAAUAGUUAUUUUUUAAUAAUAAUUAUAUAUUGGGAUGUACGGAGCAUUGUCUUUUUUGGAGACACAAAUACCGUAAAUGUUUCUCAUUAAUUUCUCGCUUUUGUGUAGUCAGAUAUGAUUUUUAGACGUGUUUAAUUAAUGUUAUAUUUUCGUAGGCAAGUAAUAUUUUUAUGCUUGGGGUUGUGUGUCUUAGAUUUAUAGGUUCAAAUUGCAUUUUAUAUGAUUUUUUAUUGGAAUAAGUAUUGUGUUGUAGUGAGGUACUUACUAUUUAGAGACCAGAUAAAACAAAUUUGAACCGUUUCUUACAGAUGUUAAUUCCGAUUUGAAAAGCUUAAAAAUCUUUUCCCGCUAUGAAAGACCCAAAACUCUGUACGAGGUCAGCGACAUCCAUUUAAAAAUUACAUCAUAAAAUUCCAAUAUUUCUCAUGUGAGGAAAUCUCUGGGAUAAUAAGUAGCCUAUGUGUUAAACCAUGGUCUAUUCGUGUACCAAAUUUUAUCCAAUUAUUUCUGACAAUUUCUUAUUUCUAAUAAACAUUCGAACAUUUUCACAAACUAUCAUUAUAAAAUUAGUAGUAGUAAGAUACGUAACGUAGCUUUCUAUAGAGAGUCCCUAUAUCUAAGUUUGUUGGGGGCUUUUCAGGGCAGUGCGAACUUUUGGGCGCCUGCUUAGUUUAUUGUAGGUAUGGGCCAAAAGGGGCCCUGUAUCAUUGAUACGGCUGCUACAGCAGUCGCUACGCCCCUGGUCUACACACCCUUAACAGGUCUUGCUGCCUUGAACAACAAGUUUGCCGUUAUAAGCGAAAGGUUAGACGAGUCAUGCUACGAUCAAGAAUUAAAUUUGAUGCAAUCUAGGCUUUACACGUUAUGUCCAUGUCUCGAAUUAAUGCCGGGUAAGAAAAAAUAUGUUCUUCUGGUCUCUAGAUUUGUGUAUGUGUUAUUUUUUAGACUUUUGACCCUUAUUGUGAUUUAUUUGCAUCAUUCCUUUGACAUAAUUUAUUGUGUGGUAGCUAUGGGAUAUUUGUUAAUCGGUGCAUUUCGAUUGGUAUUUAAGGAAAAUUAUGAUUGGAAAUAUCAGUAUUGGCAAAUGGGAAUAAUAUUUAUCUAUCGUAGAAUAAUUGAAUUGUUUAAAAAGCGUAAUAUCAGGCACGAAAUCAGAUUUAGUAUUAAUUUAUAAUGAUCAUUGGUGUGUAAAAAGUUAUUUUGUUUAAACCAGACGGGGGUCCGGAUCUUUUAUGUCCCCUUCCUGAAUACACGUCUGAACAUAUUACAAGAAAACGAAAUUUAAACAAAGAAUUAGGUAUUGUUUGUAUUUUUUUUUUAUAUAUUUUUAUAAUUUGUACUUAAAUUGGUUUUGGAAAUUAUUUUUGGGGGGUAUAUAUAAUAAUAUAAAAUCAAAUGUAUAUUUUCACUAUCUAUAUUACAAAUCAAUGUAAAAGUUAUUCUGCUCUUAUAUGUCAAGUAAAUGACUUAGACAAUAUAUAAAUGAUGUGA